AUGAGGGAGAUCGUGCUCACCCAAACUGGACAGUGCGGGAACCAGAUCGGUGCAAAGGUUGGCAGCUGGGGCUCUGAGGUCCCAGCUCAUGCCUACAGGGUGGCCGUUCUCUUGAUCUCUGACGAACAUGGCAUUGACUCUGCUGGCACCUACCACGCGGACAGUGACCUGCAGCAGGAACGCAUCAAUGUGUACUACAACGAGGCCAGCGGUGGCAGGUACGUGGCCCGCGCUGUGCUAGUGGAUCUGGAGCCGGGCACCAUGGACUCUGUGCGCUCAGGGCCCUUCGGGCAGAUCUUCAGGCCAGACAACUUCAUCUUUGGUGAGCUGUGGAUGAGGACUGGGGUGCAGCUCCUUAGCCAGGGCAGCUCAAAGUCAGCAAGUGCCCCAAGGUCAUCUCUGUGGGAACUGUGGAACCAGGGCCCCUCCUAUGACCCCCGUCAUGGCCGCUACCUAACUGUGGCUGCCAUUUUUAGAGGUCGCAUGUCCAUGAGGGAGGUGGAUGAGCAAAUGUUCAACAUUCAGAAUAAGAACAGCAGCUACUUUGCUGAGUGGCUCCCUCACAACGUGAAAACAGCCGUCUGUGACAUCCCACCCCGGGGGCUAAAAAUGUCGGCCACCUUCAUUGGUAACAACACAGCCAUCCAAGAGCUCUUCAAACGCGUCUCCGAACAGUUUACCGCUAUGUUCAGGCGCAAGGCCUUCCUGCACUGGUACACGGGCGAGGGCAUGGAUGAGAUGGAGUUCACCGAGGCCGAGAGCAACCUUAACGACCUGGUGUCAGAAUACCAGCAAUACCAAGAUGCCACAGCUGAGGAGGAGGAGUUUGAGGAGUGUGCUGAGGAGGAGGAGGAGGUAGCCUAGAAAAUUCCUUUUCUCGGUAAAGGGGGAAGCAGUGUGGAUUCUUUAGUGUGUUCUGAUAACCAUUGUCACUACACACUUCUUUGAGUCUUUAUAUCUCCUCCUGCAUUUUAAAGCAUUUUCAUAGUAAGUAGUUUGGCCUAAUAAAACAUUCUUAUAGCA